GUCACGCGAGAAAGCAGAGAAGCAGAGCGAGACAAAAAAACAUCAACAACACUCCGCAGCAGAUCUAGCUCGCGGCAGUGCGCAGACAUGUCCGAUACGUCGUUAAAAUCCCUAAAGGACUGCAUGGACUCGUGAAGGCUAUGAAUUCCUCUGGGCAUGGAGACGUUUCAGAUGAAGAGAUGCUUGAGAAAGAACAAAAGCAUGACCAGGAUGUUAAGGAGGAAUCAGACGACUUGGCUAUUUGUGCGUCCCCUGAAGGGCUUAGAGGAGGACCUCCUGGAGCCACUGAGGCUGCUAAACGUCCCUCUGCAGAGACGGGCCCUCACACAAACCAGCCCACCAGCAGCAAGAGAGCCAGGGUCUCUAGCGAGAUGAGGCGGUACUUGCUGGAUGACAGCAGCAGCAGACAUGAGCCUCUUUGCCUCACCACAACUGGCGAGAGGGGGGGUUACAUCCAGCAGAAACCCAGAGUGUCCUACAGAAAGCCUCUCUUCAGCAUCUCCCACAGGAUCUCAGAGAAGAGGACCACACCAAGUCUGGAGCAGCAGGCCAGCAUCCUCUCGUCAAAGCUCAGAAGUUCGGAGGAAAAUGGCCCAUUGGAUUCUCUGCCCACCAUAGACGCUUUAGGGCAACCUCCGUCAACGGACUCCAGUCUUUAUCCUCUCAUUGAGAAAAUGUUUCUCAUUCUCAACACCCUCAAUUCAAGCAUGACACAACUGCAUAGCAAAGUGGACGUGUUGACGCUUGAGGUGAUGCGAAUAAAGAAGCAGAUCAAGCCAACUGAGAUGGUGACGGAGUUCCAGCCUCCUCCUGAAUACCUGCUAACAAGUGAUGAACUGAACCAGCUGAUGGAGCAGACCUCCAGCGCCGGGGAGCUCGGGUGUCGGCUGCUGGUGCAUCUCUUCCCUGAGCUGUUCAAAGCCAGGGAGUGCUCUCACGAGUGCAUGGCCAGCAAGAGAACACUUGAGUCUCUACAUCUGCAGCUGAUCCGCAACUAUGUUGAGGUGUGCUACCCUUCAAUCAAGAACAACAGCGUCUGGCAGGAAGAAUGCCUCCUACAGAUUAAUGACUUGUUUAACCGCUUCUGGGCACAGAGGGACAUGGAGAGUGCUCGGCUGCUCCGGAAGCAGACAAUCACGGCCGCCGGGAUAAAGCCUGAGCGCCCUCAAAACUAUCGUUUCAUUAAUGAGCAGGGCCGGGAGGAGCACAUUUCUUUAGAUAACCAGCAAAGCAGCGAGGGUGUGGCAGACCUUGCUUUCAAUAUCCAAGCCACGGAGGAGCUGGACGAGUUCUCCUCACCUGAGGACUUUGUUAUUUUCCUUAUGCACCGUCUCUUCCCUGAGGUUUUCGAAGAGGGGAAAAUGCCAGAAGGCUCCAGCAGUUUCAGUAGUGCGGGGCAGCUAAUUCUGGACUCUGACAAGAUGGAAAUAAUAAGAAAGUACAUGGAAGCUAAUUUCCCAGAUGUGCCUGAGGACAGCUGGCUUCAGGUGUGCAUUCAGCACAUGGAGGAUGCACUGGAGGGUCCUCACAGUAUUGGGGAUGGGAGCGAACCUGACAAUAACAAUGAUGAGGGCUAUGACCUGGCCAGUCUUCCAGAAGAUGUGUCUAUAAUUCGGGUUUCAGAGGCGGGUGAUGGUGAAAGGCCUUGCCGCAAAGCCAAAAAGUCGCUGCUUUCACCUGUGGAUUUUGACAAUCUGGAGAUUCCUCUUCCUGACUUUACCGUCCACCAGGAACACCUCCUGUCCAGGGAGCAGCUGAAAAACAACUAUGAAUGUAGCCUGUCCAUCGGGAACUUUGCCUCUCGGCUGCUGGUGCUCAUGUUCCCCGAGCUCUUCACCCACGAGAACACCAGGAAGCAGUACAACUGCAGCGGUUCUCUUGGUAAAAAACAGCUGGACCCCGUUCGUGUGAACUUGAUCCGUCAUUAUGUGCAAUUAGUCUACUGUCGGGCCAAGAACGACAGAGUGUGGAUGUUGGAAUUUGUGGGCAAGCUCGAUGAGAGGUGCAGGAGACGCGACACGGAGCAGAGAAGGUCCUACCUGCAGCAACGCAAAGUCUACGGUCAAGACUCGGAUCAGGACUUUCUUUGCCAGCUGAACCAGCUCAAUCAAGACAGCAUGAGGGAGGAUUCAGACGUUCCUUCUUUACCUCCUGAGAAAAGUAGCAAAGACUUUUGUAAAAUACCCCUGGACGAACUGACUGUAUCCAAGCCCGACUUCCCUGUACCUUCUGUCUACCUGCUCUCGGACACUGAGGUACGGGAAGUCGUCCAGCAGAGCCUCUCUGUUGGGAACUUCGCUGCCCGCCUUUUGGUGCGCCUCUUCCCUGAGCUCUUCACUCAGGAGAACCUCCGGCUGCAGUACAACCAUUCAGGGGCCUGCAACAAGAAGCAGCUGGACCCCGUGCGCCUCCGACUGAUCCGUCACUACGUGGAGGCAGUGUAUCCUGUGGAUAAGAUGGAGGAGGUGUGGCACUAUGAAUGUGUGCCAAGCAUCGACGAACGCUGCCGGCGCCCCAAUCGCAAGAAGUGUGACAUUCUUAAGAAGGCCAAGAGGUCAAGCACUGUGUCCUAGUUACUUUUCACUUAGGCAACACCUGUUGGAAUAAAAAUAAUUGCACAGUAUAUAAGCUGAAACCGCAUCUUUGAACUUUUCAAACAGUCCUAUGAAGGAUGAAGCCAAUCUGUUAGGAUUUAUUUCAGUACUUUUCAGUCAUAUUUUACCUUUUGUCUACAGCAGUAGUUUAUGUAAUCAUAUUAAUGUUGGAUAAAUAGAUUAAAUGCUUCUAUUUAUAAGCCAAAACUGUCAUAGCUUCUCUAACAUACUUUGUUGAACAAUGUUGUAGCCUUAACAAUAACAAUGAUAGUAGCAUAUAGCAUAGCUCACACUAUGGAUAUAAAUGAAUCACAAUGAAGUGAUACAUUUCCGUUGCAGUUACUGAUGUAGCAUUGUGCCAUCACGGUUUUAAUAACAAUGUGCUUAUGUUAAGCCUUCUUAUAGAAGUUUAUAUUAUAAAGACAAUUAACAUGACGGUGGAUCAUGGUAACUAUUUCUAAUAAAGUCACAGCUAUAACAUGA